GUUUUGCAUUUCGUCUAUAAUAACUGAGCGAGUGAGGUACUCGAAAUGCAUCUGGGUGGCGGUCGUGGCAAGCAUCCGGCCAUUGUUGACAGGCAUCCCGGCGUUGCCUGAAUGCCUAGAUGCCUGUAAAACUCGGCAUUCACAGCCGACCUCGUGUUCUCCUCGCUUUUCUUUGUCCAACAUCGCGUUCACGUCGCCGGGCGCUCAUCGCCUAUUGUUCUUGGGGUGGAUUUUAAUCGACAUCGUCUCCUGUCCUCUCCUGGUAUGAUCAUCAAUCUUCGUGGUUGAAGCCGCUUUUGUUUCCUCUUAAUCGGAUCGGUCACAGUCAGUGCUCACCGGCAUCUUCCAUUAUCGGCAUCUGACCAGAUAUGGCUCCUGUCGGUCUCCUGGCUCGUUUCAGGACCCUCAUUUCGAAGGAUUACGAUGAGCCCGCCAUUUCACCGCAGACGGCUGCAUUUUUCUCGGUUCUACUAACCCUGGUCUAUGUGGUGCCCUUCUAUGUGAAUCCGACGACCCGGCCGUCCCCUACUCUCAGUAGAGAUGCACCGUCGGUAAUUCGGGCCAGAAUUCGAGCUGUGACAUUGUCCUGCAUUAUUAGCAGCUUGGCCGUUCUGUGGCUGCUCAAUGCUAAAGACAAUGCUUCCCUGCCAGAGGCCCUUCGCUUCCUGGGAUGGUGGCCUGUUAAUCUUGUGGAUAUUGCCCGCAGCUUGCUCCUGACCGCUAUCCUGUUCGCCGGUCCACUAUUUGAACGGGGUGUUGCGGAGGGAGAGUGGAGAGAGUGGGUUUGGGGCAAUAGAGUCACCGCAGUGCUUCGCAGCUGGAUCGGAUGGAGGAACUAUGUCGCAGGUCCAAUCACUGAGGAGGUUAUGUUCCGCUCCGCCAUCGUCCCUCUUCACCUCCUCGCCAAGGUUGAUCCCGGCCGCAUCGUAUUCGUGGCUCCUCUCUAUUUCGGAAUUGCUCAUGUGCACCAUUUCUAUGAGUUCCGCCUCACCCAUCCUGAUACCUCGGUCAUUGCAGCGCUCCUACGAUCGGUCUUCCAGUUUGGCUACACUACCAUCUUCGGCUGGUAUGCCACGUUUCUGUAUCUCCGUACCGGCUCACUCCUGGCAGUCAUCCUCGCCCACACCUUCUGCAAUUGGUGCGGUCUGCCCCGGCUGUGGGGAAGAGUGGAAGCCGGUGUACCCCUGGGGCCCCCGUUGGUGAAAGGGAAAGAAAACAACGAUGUGGCAUCUGGUCCGCUCGGUCUUGGCUGGACCGUUGCAUACUACGCACUUCUUGUGGGAGGAGCAGUGGGCUUCUUCUAUGCCCUGUGGCCUUUGACCGAUUCGUAUAACGCAUUGGCCAGCUUUUCGGGUCCGUCCAAAUAACCAUGACAAGCAUCGAGCGCACGCAUGAUCGACCUCGUUUAUCUCUCAUAUUCAGUUUAUAUGACCUUGUCUGGUGACUGUCUGCUGCUGACACCAAGCGUGAUUGUGAAUAUUUAAUGAUGUGCACCUUUGUGCGGUUUCUAUCAUGUACUGCUUUAGUUCUUAUUUUGCUAUUGGCGUGGAGCAUUAUCUCUGCUUCGGUGAUGGUUCUGGUUGAACUUUAUUCUGACGAGCUAGAACUAUCUCCCGGAAACCAUAUAACAUUUCGGCGAUUAUCUACAGUCACACCUCGGAUGACAGGGACAUUAGACAUUCAGACUCCGUCGUAG